UUUGCUCUUUCAGUGGAACACGACAAGGAAUUCUUUCACCAAAGACGCCACCAUCGAGAGUUCCGGUUUGACCUGGCCAAAAUUCCCGAAGGAGAGGCAGUAACGGCAGCCGAAUUCAGGAUAUAUAAAGACUAUAUUCAAGAGAGAUUCGACAAUGAGACCUUCCAGAUUAGCAUCUACCAGGUCCUGCAGGAACAUCAGGGAAAGGAUUCUGACCUAUUCCUGCUGGAUUCUCGGACAAUCUGGGCUGCAGAGGAAGGCUGGCUGGUAUUUGAUAUCACAGCAACCAGCAAUCACUGGGUCCUCAUCCCGCAGCAGAACCUGGGCCUGCAGCUGUCUGUGGAGAGCAAUGAUGGGCAGAGCAUCAACCCCAAGAUGGCGGGCCUAAUUGGGACGAAUGGACCGCACAACAAGCAGCCCUUCAUGGUGGCAUUCUUCAAGGCCACGGAGAUCCACCUGCGCAGCAUACGGUCCACUGGGGGGAAGCAGCGCAACCAAAACAGGUCCAAAGCCCCGAAAAACCAGGAGGCCCUGAGAGUGUCCAAUAUCGCAGAAAACAGUAGCACAGACCAGAAGCAAGCCUGUAAGAAACACGAACUGUACGUCAGCUUCCGAGACCUGGGAUGGCAGGAUUGGAUUAUUGCUCCGGAAGGUUACGCUGCUUAUUACUGUGAAGGUGAAUGCGCUUUCCCGCUCAAUUCCUACAUGAACGCAACAAACCACGCCAUCGUUCAGACACUGGUACAUUUUAUCAACCCGGACACGGUCCCGAAGCCUUGCUGCGCCCCCACUCAGCUCACAGCCAUCUCCGUCCUUUACUUCGACGACAGUUCCAACGUCAUCCUCAAGAAAUACAGGAACAUGGUAGUGAGGACCUGCGGGUGUCAUUAA